AAUCUCAUGGUUUCCUUAGUAGUCUGUUUUGUUUCCCUUCAUUGAUCCCCUCGCUAUCUCAUCAAAUGGCAUUCUCUAAUAUUGCUAUGGUUUUGUGCUUCUUUUUAGCAAUCAACAUGGCACUGCCAACCCUUGCAACCUUCUACACUGUGGGAGAUUCUUUGGGCUGGCAAAUCGGUGUUGAAUAUAGCAAAUGGACGAGUGAAAAAACCUUUGUAGUCGGUGAUAGCCUUGUGUUUCUCUAUGGGGCUAUACACACUGUGGAUGAAGUUGCAGCAAGUGACUACAUCUCCUGCACCACUGGAAAUCCAAUUAGUUCAGACAAUAGUGGUGAGACAACCAUAGCUCUUAAGACUGCAGGAACUCAUUAUUUCAUAUCUGCUACUUUUGGAGAUUGUUCAAGUGGCAUGCGUCUUGCUGUUAAGGUUGAGGCUGGUAGUGCUUCUAUUGCAACAUCCUUCUGAUGGUAUGUAUGUAGUACAGAGGCGGUGCUUGCAUGGUUUUCUUUUCAUUUUUCAAAUUAUUAUCUUUUCAUUUUCGUUAGCAGUCAAAUUAUUAUUUCUUGUUUUUCGAUCCAUUCAGAUUUAUAAAGGUUCUUGUAGCUACUAUUAAUUGUUUUCAUUUUUAAACUAUGUGUCGUGUGCGUGUUGUGUUUAUGUAUGCACGGAUCAAUAAUUCUGUAGUAAUCUAAUAUAUUGAAUGAUUAUUGGUUAUGGAGAUUUUUCUCA